GCAUUAAAAUGCGUGCAUAUUACGCCCCACCCUCUUACCUCUUCAAAAGCAAAACCAAAUCAAAGAGCGAGGCACAAAUCCGCGGUAGCAACAAUGGCGUUCAACAACGCUCUCCGAUCGCGCAUCAACCUCUUCGUCUCCUCCGAAUCCCCCCUCUCCAAAUCAGUUUCUCGAGGAAUACAUGGCACCGGCGCGAAGAGAAUGGGCGCGCAUGCACACGACGAGCCGUACUACCUCCACGCGAAGCACAUGUACAACCUGGACCGGAUGAAGCACCAGAAGCUGAAGAUGACUCUCUCGGUGCUCACGGCCUUCAGCAUCGGCGUCGCCGUUCCCGUCUUCGCCGUCAUCUUCCAACAGAAGAAGACCGGCUCUGUGUGAUUGUCUCUGAAUGUCGGAAACAACAAAGAAUUUCGAUGUUCCUUGCACGGCGAUGUCGAAGCCAUUCGAUUUUAUUUGCUCUUUUUACCUUUUCUUGCAAUCUUAAAUUUGAUGAACGGAUGCUUUACCACGUAAUCUGUAGGUUGUGGCCAAGAUAGUGUAUUAGUGCGUGCUUGUAUUGUACCUUGGUUACACUUCGCGGUUAUCUCGUGUUUUUAUUUCUAGAUCUUAUUUCUAGAUCACCAGGUGUUUAAAGUUUUUGUUUUUUUUUUUUUA